CGCCACCCGUCUGACAGCGAUGUGAGCUUCUCAUUGUGUUCAGCACUGCGGAAGGUGGCGAGUGACUUGGCGAUUAACGCAGGCAGUAUGGCGACUCCGGCCCAAACCGGAGAUUUGGUUACCGAGGGGACAAUGACUGCGUCUCAAAGGAGAGCUGAGAUCCGACGGCGGAAGCUGAUGAUUAAUUCCGAGGAGAGGAUGAAUAGGAUAAUGGGGAUCCACAAGCCUGCCGGCAGCGUAGAAGAACUCCGAAUGGAACAGCUUGAUAUACCAAACUCUCUCCCAUUGCAGUCAUCUUUGACCAAGAGAGGGACCAUUAUUGUUGGAGAUAAUGGCACACCAAGUGAUCACUCAUGCGGCAGUGCGGAUGGUAUGGAGUCUCACACAGUGGAAAGAACAGACUUGAGCAACAACUCUGAGUCCAAGAAAGACAGUAAUGGCCUGAGGAACAGAACAGACAUGACCUUGGAGUCCACACCACGAGGCCUGAACCAAUACAUAUCUAGAUUUGAUGAAGCCAUGAAACUUAGGAAUCAGCUCAGUAAUGAAAAGCCAGCACCAGAAAAUGGUAGUGGAGUGGAAGAAUUGGACUCUUUUCGCAUUUUUAGGCUUGCCGGAAGUGCCCUUCUGGCUUUGACUGUUAGGCUGUUUGUGUGCAAGUAUCUGUCAAUAUUUGCUCCAUUCCUUACAUUGCAACUUGCAUUCAUGGGACUGUCAAAGUAUUUUCCGAAGGGGGAGAAGAAAACUAAAACAACGGUCCUCACUGCAGCUCUUCUUUUGUCUGGAAUACCUUCUGAGGUUAUAAGUCGUUCUUUGGAUACAUAUGGCAAGAUGGUGGAUGUUUUUACUGACCUCUGUGUUUAUUUCUUUACCUUUAUCUUCUGUCAUGAAGUACUUUUAUUUUUUGGUGCAGAAGAUCAAUGAUUUAUUAAUUAUUAUUUUUUUCAAAAGACUAUAUAUCUGUCCAGGAUGAUUAAUGCUUAUAUAUUGAUUCCGAAUAAAUUAUCAUUAGUAACAAAACGGUGUAAUAAGCGGUGUAUGUAUAUAUAUAUAUAUAUAUAUAUAUAUAUAUAUAUAUAUAUAUAUAUAUUAUUCAAAUGUAAAUUUACCUUGUUUAAAAUUUUAUUUUUUUGCUGUUUUGAAUAUCACUUUGUAUAGCAACUGGAAAUGAUCUGAUAUGAAAUGUACAGUUAGGUCCAUAUAUAUUUGGACAGAGAACAUUUUUCUAAUUUAUGUUCUGUACAUUAACACAACGGAUUUUGAACAAAACAAUUCAGAUGCAGUUGAAGUUCAGACUUUCAGCUUUAAUUCAGUGGGUUGAACAAAAUCAUUGCAUAAAAAUGUGAGGAACUAAAGCAUUUUAUUUUUUUACUCAA